AUGGCGGAUGCGCCAUUCCAGAUCCCUGGCCUCGGCCAGGCGAAAUCAAACGAGCAACUUCCCGCCGAAAACUUUGCGCCCGACCUUCUCACCGCAGCCGCAAGUUUAUCAGGGGACGAAACGAAGGAGAACGGUCCCAACGGGGCUCCCCAAGAAGAGAAUGGCGAGCAAGGAAAGCAACAAAAUGAUGAACAAAAUAAGGCAGCUGCGACACAGAGUAGCACAGUGGCAGAAACAGGAGAUGUCAGGAUGGAAGUCGACGCCGAUAGAUCCUCCGCCACUCUGGAUAAUGCGCCCGACGAUGUUGAUAUGAAAACAGGCGACGAUGCGCCGAGCCCGGACGUUACGCACGCUCUAGAGGCCGCACUCGAUGGCAUGCUAUCCAACAUCGGUGGCUCUGAUCCUGGCCCCAGCCACGUCGCCCAACCGCACAAUGGACACCAUACGGUACAACAAGACCCUGCGCCUGAUGCGCCACAAGAGGGGGAACCACAAGGGGCUGGCGAAGCCGAGUGGGAGGCAGACUCGUCACCAUACGAGUCUUCUUCCGAGUCUUCCAGCUCCGACAGCGACUCGGAUGACGAUUCUGAAGAUGGCGGCAGCUAUCCGCUCCUCGGCAUUGAAGAGACGGCGCGUCUUCUCAUGGCUGCCGACGGCGACGGCGACGGGGAUGGCGAUGGGCCCGGCAAGUCCAAGGGCGCGGGGGCUGCCCUUCGCACGAAAAACGAAAUGGCCGAAGAGGUCAUCCCCAAGCCCGAUGUUACAAUUACCCCAGAGAUGAAGAUUGAGUCUCUCGGCAAUAUUGAGUUUGUCGUAGAGACCACCGUUGUGAUCAAGUCCCAAACGCCGGGCGAGGUGCAAGUGCUGGACUCAGGAUCCGUACUCUGCAAAGAGGACAGGACAGUCAUCGGCGCCUUGGCCGAGGUUUUGGGAAAUGUCCGCAGCCCCAUGUACACGGUUGGGUUUUCGACAGAAGACGAUAUUCAGCAACUGGGGCUCGUGGUUGGGAUGCCCAUUUUUUACUCCGUCCAGCACGCUAAUUACGUUUUUACGCAACCUUUGAAAGAGGUCAAGGGCACUGACGCCAGCAACCUCCACGACGAAGAGCUACCGGCGGACGAGAUGGAGUUUUCUGAUGACGAGAAGGAGGCCGAGUACAAGAGAGCUCUCAAGCAAAAACGGCGUGGUGGGAAAGCCGGCCGCGGGGGGCGUGAAGCGAGCGUCGCAUCGACUUAUACCGCGUCUUCUUAUACUGCGACCGGCUCAGUGCUCAACUACGACGAGGACGAAGAUGGGCCAUACAAACCAUUAACGCGUCCAGCCGGCUUCGGCCAGGGUGGGGCGUCGUCUCUCCCUGCCCUGCCCCCGAAGCCCGAGGCCGGGUUCGGGAGCCCACCUCGUGGUGGCCGUGGCCAAAGCCACCGCGGAUCCCAUCGCGGGGGCCGCGGCGAGUUCCGGGGGGGCCGCAAUCAACGUGGCGGCGGUGGUGGUCAUCGCGGUGGAGGUGGUGAUAGGAGGCACGGCUCGCGCGGCGGAAGUCCCUAUCAGCAAUUUGGACGUGACGGCGCAGCCUCACCGCAAGCACCCUUUUCUAACGCCCCGCUACCCCCUCCCUUCGGCGGACAAAUCCCACCACCAACUGGUCAAUGGCCCAUCCCCCCUCCUCCCCCCAAUUUUGUGCCUUCUCCCGUAGGCUACUCCCCUCCCGCUGUUCAGGGGCAGCAGCCUCCAGCGCCUGUGGGUGCCUUCAACUUCAACUACCCGGCCUGGAACCAGAACCAAAGCCAGCCACCACCGCAACAGCAAUACAACCAAUACCCCCACCACAACUCGUCGCCGUACCCUCCCCCAUCUCACCAAGCCGCGCACCCGACUUGGCCGCCGGUCGCCGGUGCUGGCGCUGGUGCUGGAGGUGCUGCGCCGCAGGCGCUUCCCGUUGCAUACAAUGCGCCAGUAUCUGCACCCGCGCCGCCGGCAUACUUUGGGGGGUACCAGCAGCCAGGACAGGAAGCGCAGCAUGGGCAGCAAGGCCAGCCGUAUUGGCCACCCCGAAAUCAGUAA